AUGGCGCGUCCGCAGGUCUGGAUGCUGAUGGUCGGCUUUCUGCUGGCGCUGCUGCCGGGUCGGGCCGCGGGCGCCCCCAGGGUGGGCAAGCGCCCAGCGCGGCCCCGGAGCUGCGCGGAGCGGCCGGAGGAGCUCCUUGAGCAGCUGUACGGGCGGCUGGCGGCCGGCGUGCUCGGCGCCUUCCACCACACGCUGCAGCCCGAGCCGCGCGAGCGGGCGCGCAACGCCAGCUGCCCGGCCGGGGCCAGGCCCAGCGCCGCAGGGGCGGUCGACCGCCGCUUCCGGCCGCCCACCCACCUGCGCAGCGUGUCGCCCUGGGCAUACAGAAUCUCCUACGACCCCACCAGGUACCCCAAGUACCUGCCCGAGGCGUACUGCCUGUGCCGGGGCUGCCUGACGGGGCCCUUCGGCGAGGAGGACCUGCGCUUCCGCAGCGUCCCAGUGCUCAUGCCCACCGUGGUCCUGCGCCGCACUGCGGCCUGCGCUGGCGGCCGCUACCUAUACGCGGAGGACUACGUCGCGGUGGCAGUGGGCUGCACCUGCGUCCCCGAGCAGGAGAAGGAGCAGGAGAAGGACGCCGAGGGCAUCAACUCCAGCAUGGACAAGCAAGCAGCAAAGCUGUUGCUAGGUGCCAACGACCAGCCCGCCGCCCCCUGAGGCCUCUGGGCCCGGGCUCUGCGCAAAGCUCUUCUACAGGAGGCCGAAAGGAGUAGAGAACCACCCAGGACAGUACACGAACAACACAGCUGCAGAGGCCUUGCCAUCUAGAAUAGUUUGCUCGCCAAUUUGACACUGGCACUGCCAGUUUUUUCAGCAAAAGUUAAUUCAGAGUUGUUGAAAACCGAUUUGAAUUUAACCUGGUCCACGUGUAGCUCACUUGAGGCCCAAGGCAAACGCCACAGUGAGGAGCACCUGGAUUUGGAAAAGGUGAUUAAUGCUCUUCAAGGCUGCAGGCCGCCAUUCCGGCUCUACUGCAGGGGGGCCCACUGCUAGGGUACUCAGAAGGGUCCUGCUGCAGAAGGCUCUGUGUCCUUACCAGGAAGUGACAUGGUGGCUUUUCUCACCGUGGUAGCAGAGAGAUUUAUGCUUAAAACACCAAAAAAAAAAAAAAAAAUAUAUAUAUACACACAUAUAUUCUUUUUAAGCCUAAAAGAGUAGAUAGAUAGCUACUUUUUCUAUUCAGUUGUUUUAAAUAGGGGGUGGAAACUAUUUUUAUAUUAGCAAUUAAGAGCAACUAUAUUUAAAAUGUUUUACUUGACAUGAACGUUUUAUAAACAUUCAGUUUUCCCUUCCUCUGAUAGUAGGAUUUUUUUUUGGUUGUUUGAAAGCAUAAUUAGAAUCUUCAGAUAAACUCUUCUUUAGGUGGAUCUGUGGCCUCAGCCUUUACAAUUCAAUCUGUAGCAGGUUGCCGGCAAUAACAAAAUGGACACAUUUGAUUUUGAACUAAUCUACCUUUCAGUGAAGAUCUUCCCACUGUUAAAUGAACAAAAGGCUUGUAUGACACAGAUAGACUAAGAAUUCUAGAAAUCUCAAACGUGGGUUUUUCAUGAGUAUAUAAAUAGAUUUAACAAUUAAAAAAUUUUUUAUUUCCACUUUUGAAAGUUGGGGGGGUGGUUUAUAAAUUUGGCUUUAGAUUUAAAAUGCCUCAUGAGCCUAGCAUCUGAAUAAAAAUAAGCAGUGGACUGUGCUCAUUUCCCCAUUCUCAGGAAGACUCUCAUAUUGGCUUGAUGUUAAGGGCUUCAGGACACAUAUGAGGAGAAAAUGGGCCAAAUUAGAAUUUCCAGAGAUGAAUACUGGAGGUCUCUUUUUCUAAGUAUUGCAAUAUAAGCUAAUUCCUUUUUUUUUUUUUUUUUGGUUGAAAGUGUGUCCAUGAACACAACUAUUUGUAAAAAUGAGGACUUUUUAAAAUCACUGAAACCAUUCAGGUGAUGGGCAUGCUGGCUGUGUGUAUUUCUCUGUGGAGUCUGCCUUAAUUGGCUCACUAAGCUUUUGAGGAAAUAAUAUGUUAAUUAAAAUUUUCACUUUAUCUUAAUUUUAUGGUUGAUGUUUAAAUGAACCAAGUUUGAUUUGGUUUUAGAAAGAUGAGCUAGUCAUGUAAAGUCAAUAUCUGCACAGAUUUGAACUUCUGUGACACGCCAGACCAAGACUGGGAAGUGUCCUUUCCUUACCUGCACUUCAUCCCAGCAUCACCUGUCCUAUUAACGGUCACGGAGAGGUAGCUUCUCUGUGUCACCAACCUUCAGCCUUAGUUCUCUCUGCAUAGAAGGCUCACGGAGAGUGCUUCCAACUCAUACUACAUGCUGGCAGAAUAUGUGCAUGAAAAACACAUCACUGGACAAAAUCCAGAUUUUCUAAAUAAAAAAUCCAAACUGGAAAUGACAGCUGUGGAUAGUUCUGUACAGUUUGGGAAAUUUUACUUCCCCAGUUCAGCCCCCCCAAGGGGGCACAGAUCCCUUGAAUCUAGAAUAAAUUAUUGUCCACAAAACAAAUGGUUCAAGCAACCUAUUGUUGCCAGUUCAGAACAGCAACAACAAAAAUCCAUAAAUGUAAAAGAAAAAUUGCCUCUUAGACCAGCAAUUUGCGCAGUUGUUUUGAUCGUGCUAUCAUUGUGUAGCCUAUUGUGUAACAUCUUCCAGCCACUCAUAAAUAGUGCAGACAUCAAAGCAGAGUAAACAAGGGAGAGUAGACAACUUCUACGGGGGACAUAUCACUAUUUUAUUAAUUGUGUUAACUAUUAGUUUAACUAAAUCAGCUUGUUAAAAUGCAGUACAUUCCCAGUGGAAGAAGUUAACCUUCUAAGAUCUACAAAGGCAACCUUAGUAUUUUUCUCUGAAUGAAAUAUUCAGGACUCACGAGGGUCCUGAAGACUCUGUGUCCUUACCAGGAAGUGACAUGGUGGCUUUUCUCACCGUGGUAGCAGAGAGAGAUUUAUGCUUAAAACACCAAAAAAAAAAAAAAUUUUUGUAAAACAUAAAAGAGUAGAAAGAACAGAUACCUGCUUUUUCUAUUCAGUUGUUUUAAAUAGGGGGUGGAAACUAUUUUUAUAUUAGCAAUUAAGAGCAACUAUAUUUAAAAUGUUUUACUUGACUUAAUAAAUGCUUAUUGCACCCCUGCUCUGUUCCAGUCACUGAGCUCUUGGGAGACAGCUGUGAACAAGAUACAGUCUCUGUCCUCAACUAAAAUGAAUGACAUGCAUUAGCUGUAAAGCAGAAUUACGUUUGAAUGUGCCACCUCCACACACAAGAGGUGUCCCCUCAUGAAUCUGAAUUAUUGUGUCUCACUGAGCUCAAUUUUACGUACCUAUUUAUAAAUAUCAUUUCUGAAACACUUAGCACAGUGUCUAGCACACAGUUGGUGUUAAAGUACUGGCCCCAGUGAUUAAUAAGCUAAAUUAUCAGACCAUUCUGUCUUCACGCUGUGUUUACUGCUUUAGUGGAUAUAAAACCAAAAACAUCAAACCCAUUGCUGUGGAGUUGAUUUUUCUGUAAAAGAUAAGACUAAAUGAAAUCUAUAGAACUUUCAUUAGGCAGCAGCAAUUAGAUAGAAGAUGGAAUUAGAGGGUAGUGAUUGUCUUAGUCACCUAGUGCUGCUAUAACAGAAAUAACACAAGUGGAUGUCUUUAACAGAGAAGUGUAUUCUCUCACAGUCCAAAUUCAGGGUGCUCCAGAGAAAGGCUUUUUCUCUCUGUUGGCUCUGGAGGAAGGUCCUUGUCAUCAGUCCUUCCUUGGUCUGGGAGCAUCUCAGUGCAGGAACCUUAGGUCCAAAGGAUGCCCUCUGCUCCCGGUGCUGCUUUCUUGGUGUUAUGAGGUCCCGAUGUCUCUCUGCUCACUUCUCUCUUUUAUAUCGCAAAAGAGAUUGCCUUAAGACACUAUCUAAUCUCGUAGACUUGAUUAGUGUAACUGCCACUAAUCCAUCUUAUUACAUCAUAGUGAUUGAUAGGAUUUACAACACAUAGGGAAAUCACAUCAGAAGAUAAAAAGGUAGACAAUCGUACAAGGGAAUCAUGACCUAGCCAAGUUGACAGAUAUUUUUGGGGGACACAAUUAAAUCCAUGACAGUGAUUAAGUGUGGGGAGAUCCUGUUUCAGUGGGUAAUAGAAUUUUGUUUUCUCAUUAAAACUAAAGUUUUUUUUUUUUUUUUUUAUGAGGGGGAGGAAUUUGGUGGUGUGUUUUAUCAAAUAAAUAUGGACAUUUACUGGCUAGAUAAAUUAUUGCUAAUCACAGCUCAAUAACACAUUUUUAAAAAUUGCUGCUCUCAAUAGCACUUUGCGAAUUAUUCUACCCAGUUCACAUAGCUUCAUCUCAUUUAUAUUAGCACUAUAAAUUAGGAUUUGGGGAAGAGCAACACUUUAUUACUGUAAGUUUCUCAGCUGCUUCUCCUCCCAAAAAGUGCCACAGCACAUAAGUUUCCUUCAAGUAAAGCCUAUCUUGAGGAUUUUGUGGCAACCCUUGGAACAGAGACACCUUGCUGGUUAUUGAAGAUGUUUUCCAACCAACAGCAUUUCUAUUUCCUGUGUGUUUUAUAGAAACAAUCCUUUGGGAACAGCACUCAGAAAGCAUUCUGCAAAUGCCCAUAGCUCCAUAUUCAGAGGCUAAUUACUCAAACUCCUCGUUUUACUGCAUCUCUUUUAGAAGGGCAGAGGAAAAACAAUGGCCAUUUGUAGCAGGGUUUCUACCUGGUUCGAUAUGGUUCAAACCCCUGCUGAGAAUGUGCAGUUCUAACAAGUUCCCAGGUGAUGCUAAUCUUGUUGUUUAGGGAAUAAUUCUGAGAACCACUAGUACAGCAGUCAUUCUCAGAAUCACUGGGGAUCUUGUUAAAAUGUAGAUUCUGAUUCAGUAUAUCUGGGGUGGAAAUGCAAAUUCUCAGCAGAGGUUUAAACCAAACGAACUGGUUGGAAGCCCUGAUUUUUAGAAAUUGGCUCCAGCUCUGAUUUUAAGGAAUAGGAGGGGAAGCACAUGAACUUCCUGUCUACAAUGGGGUCCUUAAGCUACCCCUGCUAUCAUUUGUUCUUGCUGCUCAAGCACCUUGUUACCCUCAAAUACACAGCAGAGUAAGUGACAUGGAAAUUUUUGAAAUUUGUUAGCAAAGCUGACAACUCAUAUGGCUAUUUUGUCUCUCAGUGCAAAUCUUUGAAUCAGGAAGGACUUCUAAAAGUGCCUAUUAAAUAUUCUUUUUAGUUUUUUAAGUUCUUUGGUGAGGUUUAAGAGAUGAUAGGGUGCCUCCUCAAAGUUCACACCCAUUGUCCUUGCAGACACAGCACUUCCUGGGCAGCAUCGUACCCAGCCUCCCGCAUCCCUCGUCUUGGCGCUCACUUUGUGUUCAGCAUCAUUCCUAAAAAACCAAACUUCUUGUCAUUGAAUCGAUUCCGACUCAUAGCAACCCUACUGGACAGAGUAGAACUGCCCCCAUAGGGUUUCCAAGGAGUGCCUGGUGGAUUAGAACUGCCAACCUUUUGCUUAGGAGCCAAGUUCUUAACUACUGUGCCACCAGGGCUCCUCAACAUCAUUAAAGCCUCAAUUAAAUGAAGGCAACAAGGAACGCACCAGAGGCAGUGAUUUUUUUUAAAGGUCCCAGGGGUGGAGCCACAGACAUUUUAUGAAAUCCAGAAGUGGAUCAUAUAUGAACAGAUUUGCUAAAAUUGAAGUCACAUAAGGGAUCCAAGGCAAUAAAACAUGUUGGCUGCUUACUAAACAAAUCUGUAAUUACCUCCUUUUGUAAGGCUCAUAACUUAAGACGUGUAUAUUUUUAAUAUGAGUCAAGCCUCACCCCUUUGUCUCCUCAUCCUCUGUCUCCCGUGAUGGAAAAUAAGGUUUCUUUUCUUCAUCUAAAUGUUAGAUUUAUAGGACAGCUAAAAUUCUGUUCUUUCUAGACUGUUGCUCUCAGAAUUCCUAAAUUAAACAGUGUACGUCUAUACGUAAUUUGUCACUAAAAUAUGGUAAUACUGCCCUAGGUAAUUUUUAGCAAACCAGUUCAUAAGGAAAUAAUAAAGUGGGGUCUUUUUUUAAAAAACAAAAAUUUAUUGAAUACGUAACGUGCCAGGUGCUGGUAUGCUGCUAUUGCUGCUAGAUACACUGAUAAAAAUAUCAGUGCCUCAGAAAAAUACAAAGUGAUUUUGAGAGUAAAUUACCUAAAAAUUAUCCAUGACACCUGAGGUCUGAGGAACAAUGGUAACAAACCAGAGGAUAAAGCUGGGCAUCUUGAACCAGUGUUCACAAGUGGCACUUGGUCUGAUGUAUCUUCCUCCCUCUCUGUAUCCCUCAGUACCGAUCCCCCAGUCUCUCCCUCUCCGUAUCCCUCAGUAUAUCAAUCCCAGUUUCCCUCAGUAUUGAUCCCAGUCUGACUUUGAACCACAAGUGUUUCUUUCCCACUCUGUCUGCACCUCCACUGCAGGCUGGAUGUGGCUCUGCCCCACUCUAGGACCUGGACAGCCAGGGCAGCCUGUCUGGAGGUGUGCCGCUUAUUGUGCCAGAGGGAAAAUAUAGUUCAGGUUGAAGCGAUACAUGCCACGUCCUUUCACACUUUGCCAAAGCAAGUCGCAGAGGUAGGGAAUUAUAAUCCUUUCCCAGAGAGAGGGGGUGAUUUUUUAUUUUGAAACAGUUGUAGAUCCACAGGAAAUUGCAAAAGUACUACAGAGAGGUCUUGUGUACCCUUUAUCGAGUCCUCCCAGUGGUAACGUUACAUAACCGUAGUGCAGUGUCACAACCAGGAAUGUGACAUUGGCACAACCCACAGAGCUUACUCAGAUUUUACCAGUUUUACUUAUUUGUGUGUAUGUGUGUGGUUCUAUGCAAUUUUAUCACCACAAUCAAGACCUAGAACUGUUCCAUCACCACAAAGAAUUCCCUUUUAUGGUCACACCUCCCUUCCCAGCCCCCAUCCAUCUGUAGCUUCUGCCAGCUACUAAUCUGUUCAACGUUUCUGUAAUCUUGUCAUUUUGAGAAUGUUACAUAAAUGGAAUCAUGCAGUAUGUGACUUUU